UGGCUCCGCCACCAAAAUAGGCGCCGCCCCCGUUCCAUCCAUCCAGACCAGACUCCAGUCCAGAGUGAGGGAACAAAGCGCACCCUUCGCUGCGGCCUAGGGCAUCAGCUACGCGGUCACCCCGCUCCCCUCCGCUGCGGACUAGGCAGAUCUAUCGACGUCUCCAAGUCCAAGGUCGAGCGGCGGCGGAGGUCCCCUCCAACGGUACAGCUGAAUUUGUUCAAUGGAGGACCUACCGGAGGCUAUGCUAACAGAGAUUCUCAAGAAGAUCACCAGGACCAGUGAUCUGAAUUCUAUUUCCCUUGUGUCAAAGCAGCUCUACAAGAUAGAGGGGCAUCAAAGGAGUGCUGUCCGUGUUGCUUCCAGUCUUUGCACUGCUACGGAAGCACUGAAAUCAUUGUGCCCCCGGUUCCCAAAUUUGCGGAAAGUGGAAAUCGAUUACUCUGGUUAUUGGGCACCAGGACAUGGAAAUCAUUUCGAGAACAAUGGCCUCUUUGUGUUAUCAUCUAACUGUUCCUCGCUGAUUGACCUCACCUUAAGCUUCUGCUCCAAUAUCAAUGACACUGGGCUUGGUUAUUUAGCUUAUUGCAAGACAUUGGUGUCUCUCAGGCUGAACUCGGCACCACAAAUAACUUCAAUAGGGAUUUUCUCGGUUGCAGUUGGUUGCACGAGCCUAUCUGCUCUUCACCUUAUUGAUUGCAAGAAAAUCGACAGUGUAAAGUGGCUGGAAUACCUUGGUAGGGAUGGAUUGUUGGAAGAGCUUGUAGUGAACAAUUGCAAAGGAAUCAAUCAUCAUGAUCUCCUAAAGUUUGGUUCAGGAUGGAUGAAGCUCCAGAAGUUUGAGUUUGAGGGGUACAGAGAAAUAGGUGGCGUUGCUCAACGUGGUUUGAUUUAUGACCCCUCGUACGAUGCUCACAGCAGGGAUAUAUACGAUUUCAGUUGUGAGAGUUUAAAGGAUUUAAGAUUGGCGCAUAUUAAAACUUGGCCAAAAAUAGGACUUCGUGUUGUCCUAGGGAAGUGUAAAGCAUUGGAGAAGCUUCGCCUUGAGUAUGUUCAUGCCCUGAAUGAUAAUGACAUGAUUGCAUUAUCCCGGAGCUGCAGCAACCUUAAAAGCAUCUCACUUUGGCUCAACCUUCAGCAAUACUCUAGUGACGUGAGGUAUUGUGAAACCAGAACAUCAUUUACUGACAACAGCCUUUAUGCUCUAGCCCUAAACUGUCCUAUGCUUCAGACCGUAGACCUCAGAUUUUCAGGAUGUGCUGCUAACAGACCGUCAGAAAUAGGAUUCACACAAAAGGCUUUUCUGGUGUUUAUUCAGUCCUGCCCCAUUCGGGUUCUGGUGCUAAAUACUGCCAACUUCUUGGAUGACGCGGGGAUGAAGGCACUGUCGUGCUCACCAUUUCUGGAGACGCUCGAGCUUAUAUUGUGUGAAGCGGUGACUGAUGCUGGGAUGCGCUUCAUUGCACACACACCAUGCUUGAGUAAUCUCACACUUCGGUUGUGUCAUAAGGUGACUGAUGUUGGAGUGGCUGAACUGAGACAUGCACAUAAGUUAGAGUCUUUGGUCAUUGAUUGUUGUAGUAAGGUCUCUCUGCAAGCUGCACAGGGUGUUACCAUGUUGGUUCACUACUCCAGGGACCUCUCAAACGCACUUGUGAAGACAAUUGGUUUUUCAAGCGCCAAUUAAUGAAGUGGUCUCCAAAAAUUUCAGUGUAAAUUUGCUGCUGAAACCAUUGAGUUGAGUGUGCAUCAAUGGACAAGGCUGGGCGUCAUCCAACCUAGAUUCACUUCUCUGAACAUUAAGUUGCGUUCUAUCUUGACCACAUUGAUUCUCCUGUAUGCCAGUCUAGUGAUGAACUUUGGAGGGCAUCUGCUCGAUGAUGAAUGCUACU